UGCUGAUUGGAUACAAGUCGAGAAGCCACGAGAUCGCAACGAGAGUCUGCUGCCUUCCUUUCUCUUUCGUGCUUUACAGCCACAGACCACGUUUGGGUCUGCUUGCUCACAAAAAUGGCAGCGCCCGCGAAAGAAGCUAUACAAUCGGUUCAAGUCUUCGGCAGGAAGAAAACUGCCACUGCUGUGGCUUACUGCAAGCGCGGCAAUGGACUGCUCAAAGUGAACGGCCGGCCGCUGGAGAACAUCGAGCCAUUGACGUUGCGUUACAAGCUGCUUGAGCCCAUCCUGCUGCUGGGCAAGGAGCGCUUCGCUGGCGUCGACAUUAGGAUCCGUGUCAAGGGUGGUGGUAACGUGGCCCAGAUCUACGCCAUCCGGCAAGCCAUUUCCAAGGCCCUCGUUGCAUACUACCAGAAGUAUGUGGACGAGCAGUCCAAGAAGGAAAUCAAGGACACCUUGAUCCAGUACGACCGCACAUUGCUUGUGGCUGACCCAAGGCGCUGCGAGCCCAAGAAGUUUGGCGGACCUGGUGCCCGUGCCAGAUACCAGAAGUCCUACCGUUAAAUCAGCAAAGCACAAUAAACCCUUUGCCUUCCUUGG